ACACGCACACGCAGAGAGCGCCUUCUUCAUCCCCUCCCUCUCUCUAACUGCUAAACCCCACAAACACCUUCUCUACCCCUCUCUCUCUCUCUCUCUCACACACACACACACACACAGACACACACACACUUGAACAGUUAAAUCUCUCUUCACCUGUAAGAGAUAAGGCUUACAGUACUUCCGAAGUCUCCAUACAGAGUUCUCUCUUCCUAUUCGCCCCUCUCUCUACACACGCAAUAUAUAUAUAUACACACCCACACACAUAUAUGUAAGCUAUUUGUUGUUGGUUUCAUUUCUCUACAAACAAAAGACAACCCAUCAAAGAGACGGCUAGAAUCAUAAUGUUAUCUCACAGGUCGCUGAUAUUUUCUCUUCUAGCCACCUUUCUUCUCCUUUCCGCAACUUUUGUUUCCUUCUGCCAUGGAGGGACUCACUUUCCCACCUUCCAAACAGUACCAUCUGCGGGGAAAGUUGAUGAGGGAAAAUUUGAUGGGGUUGUUUCUUGGGGUCCCAAAAGGUUUCUUGCUGAGGAACCUGUUGGGAACUCUUCUAUUGCGUUGGCUGCAAAAAGGACAUAUAGAAAAGACCCUCUAGAUGGGUUCAAAAGGUAUACAGGAGGGUGGAAUAUCAGUAAUCACCAUUACUGGGCGUCUGUUGGUUACACUGCUGCUCCUCUGUUUGUCAUUGCGGUACUCUGGUUCCUGGGCUUUGGCCUGUGCUUGUCGCUCGUCUGCCUUUGCUAUUGUUGUUGUUCAAGGGAGCCUUACGGCUAUUCUCGAACGGCUUACGCUCUAUCUCUUAUUUUCCUCAUGCUCUUCACUGUUGCUGCAAUCAUCGGAUGUGUGGUUUUAUACACUGGUCAGGGGAAGUUUCACUCUAGUACAACAAAAACGUUGGAAUAUGUUGUACAUCAAGCAAAUACUACUGUUGAGAAGCUUAGGAGUGUUUCAGAAUCUCUUGAUGUUGCUAGGAAAAUUGGAGUGGAUCGAAUUUCUCUACCUUCCAAUGUCCAAACUGACAUUGACCAGAUCCAAAAUAAGAUUAACUCUUCUGUUAGUACCCUUGGUGAUCGAACAGCUGAUAAUUCAAGAGACAUACAAGAUCUCCUGAACUCUGUGAGACUGGCUCUUAUCAUAAUUGCUGCUGUUAUGCUUCUCUUGAUUUUACUUGGAUUUGUAUUCUCAAUAUUCGGCAUGCAGUUUCUUGUUUACAUCUUGGUGACCAUUGGGUGGAUUUUUGUUGCUGGAACAUUUAUUUUGUGUGGCAUAUUUCUUCUCCUCCAUAAUGUCACUGCAGACACUUGUGUUGCAAUGGAUGAGUGGGUCCAAAAACCAACUGCUCAUUCAGCUUUAGAUGAUAUUCUGCCUUGUGUGGACAAUGCCACUGCUCAGGAGACCUUGUUGCGAAGCAAGGAAGUCACUUCUCAAGUUGUUAACCUAAUUAACCAGGUCAUCACCAAUGUCUCCAACAUUAAUUUUUCUCCAAACUUUGCACCUUUGUACUACAAUCAGUCUGGUCCGUUGCUGCCUUUACUGUGCGACCCAUUUAACCCUGACUUGACGGAUCGACCUUGUACGGCUGGUGAAGUGGACUUGAGCAAUGCAACACAGGUAUGGAAGAACUAUGUUUGUGAGGUUUCAGCUAAUGGGAUUUGCACCACAACAGGCCGGCUGACACCCUCAAUCUACGACCAGAUGGCUGUUGGUGUAAAUGUGAGCUAUACAUUGUAUCACUACGGUCCAUUCCUGGUUGAUCUACAAGACUGCACUUUUGUGCGACAAACUUUCGGUGACAUUACUAGAGAUCAUUGUCCUGGUCUCCGGCGGUACAGUGAAUGGAUCUAUGUUGGGUUGGUGAUGGUUUCUGUUGCGGUUAUGCUCUCACUAGUUUUCUGGGUAAUAUAUGGAAGAGAGCGACGACACAGGGUUUAUACCAAAACUCACAUGGCCAGAUCUGCGCCAGGCUACGAAGAGGGCAAGGGUACUUAGACAAACCCUAAUCGACUUCAUUUUCAUACUCAUAUGGGACUGUUUGUUUACAUCCAACUUGGUUUUCAGAUUAUGUAUCUAAUGAAAAUGGUAGUUUGUAGAACUUCUGUGACCAACUCACAUGUUAUUCUUAUGGGAACUCAAUGAAAUUUCACUUAUUUGGAGAAAA